UCGUAAUGAGCAUGCCCAACUGUCAAGUACCGCCCUUUUUGUUGUUGUUGUUCUAGUUAAUCGAACGAAUGUGUAAUGUGCACUGUACAUAUACAUGCAUAUGUUACAGUAGCUGUACACGAGUUUUACUGGAAUAUCUACGUUGGCAUUGCGGGCGUAACUGCGUGUGAAUAUCAAGUUGAUAUUAUAAGAUUUAGGAUUACAUGGCUUUACGGACGUAAUUAUUGAAAUAUGGCUGAAGCAGCCCCAGAAUGGAGAAUUCUGCCAUUUAAAUCUAAAUCUUCAACCAAAGGCAAAGCUACAAGAAAAAGAAUAGUACUCGACUUAAGAAACUCGGAUUAUUUUCCUGCAGAAGGACACUGCUAUCUAAAACUUAAUUCCAAUGAUAACGAGUCAACUUUAUUGUAUUUUGGGGGAGCACGUAGAGUGCAAGAAAGUGAAUGGAAGUAUGGUAAUGACUUAUUCCAUAUAACAUUUAAGUAUGACGAAGAUGAUGCUUACAUUAGCCACAUUCAAAGGUUCGAGAAUAUUUUAGGGGCACAGUUUCCUAGUUUACAGUCUGCGAGCGCUUGGCUUGACCAACAGACAGUUUUUGUAUGGGGUGGAUUAAAUACUGAUACAUUUGACACUAGCAAUGAACUUAUCAAAUUGGAAUUCGUCAGAAACAAGUAUCAGUGUACAAUUUGCCAACCUGCUGGUAGAGGUGUACUGAGUAAAGACGUCCAGAGGGGUGAUAUACCGACUGGCAGAACCGGUCACACUAUCACACCGUUGGGUGAUAAUAUAGUGGUAAUGCAUGGCGGAGUAUCACUAUCCAACAGACAUACGACAGGCCUUGUCAGUCCCUUUACUCAAGUUUGCAAUGAUGGUUCUUUCUAUGAGUUUGAUUCAUCCACAUAUUUAUGGACAAGAAUAAAAAAUAUUCCAGAUGUAAGACCGAGAGCCUAUCACACUGCGAAUUUUGUGACAUUGUCAGGUACAAAAUGUGUGAUUAUAAUAGGAGGUGUGUCGUUCAAAGGGAACGAAUCUGUACCAUUAGAAAGACUUCCAAUAAAUGAACUUUUCAUUCUGAAACUGCAUAACCUUACUGAACAUAGAUACACUUUAGACAAGAUAACGGCUAAACUUCAAGUAGACAUAUUUAUUUCGUACCAUAGCAUCGUUGCGCUAAAUAAUAAACUGAUUGUCACUGGAGGGUACGCUCAAAAGGAACCUGAGAUGACUGAUACUCCUUUAACAAGUAACAAGUUGUACACUAUAGAUUUGCAGUCUUUGAACAUUGACACUACAGAGUUAGACACAUGGCACUGCACUGCAGGAAAUUCAAGUUUUGCUUUGUCAGAUGACUGCAUUAUGGUUGUUGGAGGAUCGGCUGAAAAUAUUUUUGCAUACACUACCAAACCACUGCGACCAAGUUCGUGCGAUUUAGAUGAUGAAUGUUGUAUUUUUGAAUCUCCGGAAAUUUCACCUAUAGCAUGGGUUCAGUGCGAAAGCAAAUGCAAGCGUUGGUUACAUCAAUACUGUGUGGGUCUCCUGGAAAAAGGUGUUCCUAAAGGAAAAUAUACAUGUACAACAUGUAAAGCCAAAGGACGAAAAAGGAAAAAAUGAUGUCAGGAAAACAAGCAC